AUGCCAAUAACGAUUUCCGUGCAAGAAGAACGAGCCGUUCAAUCUCAACGCCCAAUAACAUCGUCAUCUGAAAAUAUGAAACCAACAUCAACACAUGUCGUUGUACCAUCGAACACGUCCUCUAAUUCACCCUCCUCUCACCCCUCUGCACGUACAUCGUGUGCCAACUGUCAUGCCACCGAAUCACCUGUUUGGAGAAAAGGCAACAAGGAUGAUAUUCUCUGCAACAAGUGUGGACUCUACCGAUUGAGAUAUGGAAAAAACAGACCUACUAUUGUGAAAGCAGGAAGAAGGCAAAAAAAUUCUUCUUCAAAGAAAAGACAAGUGACAGCUGAGGACGAAGAGGAAGAAGAGGCAAAGAACGACUUGAAAGCAAAGAAAGUGAAAACAACAACAACUCAUUCGAAUGAAUCGAUCACUUGCACUACAAGUGAGAAUUCAAGUCCCGACUCGAGUGCUGUCAGUUGUCAAAAUUCACAAGACAGCGAUUUACAAACCUCACCAGUUUCACUCACCAAUGUAUCCAAUGAAUUCUCUUUUGAUUUUCUUGAUCAUGAAAUCCUGACCAAUGACUUGGAGAUGUCACUCCCAAUGGAAAACUUUCAACAAUUUUCAAAUAUGGAAAAUCAAAGCUUACCAACCAUGGAAAUGCUCAGAAAACAAUUAUCAGAUGCCUCACAUCAAUAUCCAUUACUCAUGAAUACCUUAAUAUCGAUUAUAAGGAAACACGUAUUGAAUCAACCAAAUAUUGUUGCCAUGGUUCAUUCACAGCAUCGAUGUCCUCAAAUGCCAACUGUCACACAAUAUUCGGAUUCACCCAUUUUAGAUUCUUUACUGAAUUCACAAUCGAACAACACCUUAUUCAUGCGAGAAAUGGAAUUUUACUCAUUACCUCAAUUUUACACAACAACCCAACGACAUGCAUAA